AUGUUGGCAAAUGAUUGGUUGGCUCAUGUUGCUGUCAUUGAAGAGAAUUUUGCUCAGAUGCAGAGAAAAAGUGAAAGUAAAGAACCGAAUAUAACACCUGAAGCAGCAAAUUUGGUGCCAUUUGGGGAUGUGGUUGGCUGUCUGGCUAUUCAUAUAAAGAACUGCAGUUAUUUUACACCUCAGAUUGAUUUGCAGCAUUGCAGUAAUUUGUGCGUUCGCAUCUCUGUAAACAAUGUUGUGAAAUGUACAAAAGCAUAUGCCUUGCAACCCCAGAACACACUACAAAACAAUGAUAAAAAGAAAAGUAUAAUUAAGUUUGAUGAAGUGAAGUAUUUUUCUGUACAGGUUCCCAGACGGCAAGAUGAUGUACGAAAUAAUAUUUACUUGGAUCUAAUGCAAUGUGACAAUGAAGACAAAUACACUCUCAUGUUAGGGAGUGUUCAAAUACACCUUUAUGAGGUAAUUCAGAAAGGGUGCUUUAUUGAAGAAUUUCAAAUUUUGCAUAAAAACACAUUUAUUUGCAGGAUUGAGGUGGAAUUUAUGUUCUCCUAUGGCAACUUUGGUUUUGGAUUUUCGCAUCAGUUAAAACCUCUUCAAAAAAUUGUGGAACCAUCCAUGUUUAUGAAUAUUGCACCACCUCCAGAAAGAACAGACCCUGUCACAAAUGUUAUUAUACCACAGCUGAUAGAAUAUCCAGCAUUCUUAUCCCCAGACCUGAAUGUGACUGUUGGGACGCCAGCCUCAGUACCCCAAUCCAACCAGCCCUCUGCAGUGCGGCUUGAAAAACUUCAGCAACCACCUCGGGAAAGGCUGGAAAACAUGAAAAAAGAAUAUAGAGAUCUGCAUACAUGGAGAGAAAAAGUUAUAUAUUUAGAAGGAGUUCUUGCCCCUAAAUUGGAACAUAAUGAACUUGAGAGAAGUAAUACCAAUGAGAUAUAUGAAAGGCAACUUGAAGAGAAGUCUGAAGAUACUGUAACAUCAGAUAUCUCUUUUGUAAAUGAGGAAGCUGAAAUUAUUUCAAGUGAGUUACUGGAUAAUGAUGAUAAGAAGGACCUGACUCUACCAACAUUGAACCAGAUGGAUCAAGAUCAUUCAAAUGCUGUUGCUUCUAAGAGUAGUGAAUCAACAAAACAAAGAGCUACUCCAUUGCUCAUUAUUCCCAGCCUGACAAUAACAGAAAAGAACAAAAUACUGCUUUCAGAAGACCAAUUAGAAGCCGUGACAGAGAGAAAACUGAAUAAUGUACACUUUAAACCAAAAGUAAAAUUAAAAGAUAAACAUCCAAAAAUUUCAAAAUCAAACUCAUCUGCAUCUGCAUCAGAGGUGGCUUUUUCACAAAAAGGAUACAGGGCACCAUCUUUGAGGCCAGAAUACAUAGAAUUCAAACCAAAAUAUCAGGUGAGUAAUUUCAACACCAAGGACAGUUUUGAUCCUUUUCAAAGGAAUAUAAAGAACAAAAUGUCAGUCAGAAAAAGGAAGGACCAAGACAUGUCCCAAUGUAGAAAUAGUUUAAGUGAAGAGCUUAUAGAACAUGAAGACCAAGACCCUCCUUACCCAACACAUUCAAAAACUCCAAGGCCUACAGAUAAAACCUGGCCUCCUCAUGUUGAUACCGCUGCAAUAAAGACUGUAGACACUAAGGAAAAGUUAACCUGUGACCCUGAUAUCAUCACAGUAACGACUUUAAAUACUAAGAAUAAUUUAGCCUGUGAUCCUAGUAUCUCCACAAUAAAGGCUUUAGAUAUUAAGAAUAAGUUAAAGGAAAGACCACCAAAUGUAUCCUUGCCAAACUUGGAAAGAGAAUCAUCACUGACUAGAAAUGUGAAUGUAAAUACAUGUCAUUUCUCAAAAUCAUUAAGUCUUACUGCCCACAUAGAAAACUUAAAACAAUCAGUGGUGCUCAAGUCAGUGUUAAGUAAAAAUCUGCAAGACCUUUCAGAGAAAUUAUUUUCUAAACCAGAAUUUCCUGUGGACACUGAAGCAAGAAAAAAAAGUCAUAGUUCGCUACUUCUAAGUAUUCAUGAUAAACCAUCAAGUAGUCUGGAAGACAAAAUAUUUGAAACAGUCCAAGAUUUAAAUAGCCGGCUUUCAAAAGGAGACAUUUUGUAUUCAAAGUGUCUUGUAAAUCCAAUAAUAAUUAAAGAUAUUCCCGCAGCUUCACUUUCAGAAGGUGGUCCAGGAACGUCUCCAGAGGUAGAAAGCGAACUUGUCUCUGAAGAACACUUAGAGGCUGGUGAGAUAGCUUUUCCAAUGGAAAAAAAGAGUAGUUUUAAAAAGAAACAUUUAGAAAGUGAAAUAUCUAGCUCUAAACCAGGUUUCAGUGGCAUUGCACAUGAUUGUGUUAUAAAGCAAAUAUUCACUGCCCCAGCCUUCUCCAAGCUGGAGAUGGGAGUAGAAGAAACGAGUGAGACACAGAUGAGCUGGCAGAAUCAGCUACGCGCAGCUUGGGAGAAUUUGUCUUCAAAUGAUCUUGUUCACUAUGAAGAAAACGAUGAAAUAGAAUUGCCAGAGACCAAAUCUGUCACAAGCCAGAUAAUGCAAGCACUUCCUGUAGAUGCUCUUUUAGAAUCUGGGGUAAUCAAAGUGGUAGAAUUAGAUAAAGAGUAUCAGGAAAAUUCUUUGCUGGAUACAGAGGCAGCCUUUGCUGGAGAAAAGCCAAAAGAUUCCAUAGAGGAUUAUUCAGAAAUCAAAUGGAAAACAAAUUCUCUUUCACAGCAGAAUAUACCUGUCAUUCCUAAAGAAAGCACUUCUUCUUCAAAUAGAGUCGAAUUUAUAGACAAAGGCCAAAAUAUAUCCCCACAGGAUUCAAAGUAUCCAUCAAUGCCAGAUAAAAAAACGGAUUUGCCAAGUAGUAGUCAGAGACUUGAUAGAGAAGAAGAUGAUCUAAGUUCUACCUUAGAACAUUUAAAUAAUUUGUUACUGAGUAAAUUUAAUGAGUCGGAUGUAAUAAUUUUAAAAUCCUUUUUCAAAAACAUAUUUAAUGUUUUUUUAAAAUAUAAUCAGUCUGAAAAGAGAAGACAACCAGAAAAAGAAUUAGAAAGACUAAUUCAACACCCGUUUCCAAAUAAUAUAGAAGACCUUAAAGGAAUUAAAGAGGAUUUUGAUAAAGCAGACAAAUUAGACAGAAAACCUCAUUUGAAUCCAAAGCUGUGUGUAUUUCUAGAAGCACUCUCAGAGUCAGAAAUAAAAAACUUAAAAUCUGAAUUAAGUAAACAUAUCCAGCAUUAUCUUAUAGAAAGACUUUCAGAAUCAGGACAUAUUACCAAAGCGGACUUACCAAAAAUCUAUCAAAAUCUGUAUUUGAUGAAUGAGAGAGCAGAACCAAAAGGGCAAAAUGUUUUUCUGGAGAAAUAUUCAGAAACUGUAAAAGAAACCAUGUCUUUUGUGAAUAAUUUUAAUCAUUAUUUCAUAAAUAAACAUUUGGAAAUAAAGUUGAAAUCUUUUUUAAGUGAAAUUCUUCAAAAUUAUUUCCUUAAAAACCUUUCAGAAAGCAGUUUAUUUAAAGAGACAGAAUCUGAACCUAUGCACUCAAACAUAUCUUCUCUAAGAACCAGAAGUGCUUCAAUAUCUUUUCACAAAUUAGGACAAGAUAUUUCAAAGGGGAGUUUUGGUAGAGGGCUUGAAGUAAACAUGACAUACCCUUUAAAUAAACCCCUGCAAAACUAUCUCAUAGCUUUAUCAGAAAGUGAAUUAUUAAAUGCAAAAGCUGAUUUAAGCAAACACAUCCAGAGGUUUUUUAUAGAAAAACUUUCAAAAUCAGGGCUAAUCACUGAAAGACAAUUAGAAGGAAUAAGCAACCAUAUAAAUUUGAUUAAUUCUAGUUCCACGUCAUUAAAAUGUAUAAAGCCAUGUUUAUCUUUUAGAGAUGAAAAUCAGUUUAUGGAGAAACAUUCAGAAAAGCAAAAUAAAUAUUCAGAAAUCGUUCAUAGAGCCGCUUUACAAAAGGUUCCUGAGGCUAGAGUUAUAGAAACAGAAUUGACCAGAAAGGAAGAAAAGGAGUAUUUUCCCUUACAGCAUACUAAAGAAAAUCCAUCAACAAUUAGAGAACAGAAAAGAUGUUACCCUAAAGGAGCUAAAACACCGACUUUAAUUAAAGUACAACCUGCUUCCAACAAAAAUGCCCAAGAAAUUCCAUUAAAGAAAUCAUCAGAACAACUUACAGAUAUAGUGCUUAAGAAACAAAGGAAAGAACAUGGCUUUAUGCAGCUUCCUCAAGCAGAAAAUUUUGAUAUUAAAACAGAGAUUCAAGACCCGCAUAGUUGGAGUGGUAAGUCAAAAACAACUCAAUCAAACGCUUGCUUUGAAAGGACACCAAAAAUGAAGUCCCUUGGAAAAAAAGAGCAGAGUAACAUCUAUAAAUCGGUGGUACAGGAAAAACCUGAAGCAGUGUUGUCGCCAUGUCCUAGAAUUCCUUAUUGCAAAAAGCCAAAUGAAGAUGAAAAAUACAUGAAUAAAUUCACUUUUUCUUCCAGGCAGAGUAACACUUUAAUUUGUUUCAAUUCAGAGGCUGAAGAGAACUCAGAAUUAGAACAUCAGUUUUGUCAGAGACUGAAAGGAUAUAAUAACAAUAAUAAAAAACAUCAUUUAGUAACAUUUGCACAUUACAAAAAAGAAAUACAAGCUCUUUUUAUAACACCAAGUGAAAUUUGCAAUGAAAGACAUGCCAAGGCCCUUGAAUCACAAUCGUUUCAAGCUGUGAAAGCUGAGAAAGACUCAAAACCAUCCCUCUUCCCAGAAGUAAUAAAGAGAGAAAAUCUAAAGGCCAAGGUCCGAAAAGAAAGAGACCAUGUCAACACACAAAAAAAGUCACUUAAGAUAGCUAAGGUCCUACCAACCACACCGCCCACCACAAGAACGCUAAGGAAAUCUGUUCCUAGGACAGUGCUCCGUUGGACUGCGAGAAGCACUAUACACGAUUGUUCGGAUAGAUUUGAGGAUUCACCUAUGACCUCUUUUCAGCAUCUUGGAAAAUUGACAUCAAGAGCAAGGCUUUCAGGAAAGAGCCCAGAUGAGAACCACGAUCGGUUAAAACACUCUGCAAGACCGUAUACUGCUCCAGAGGUUAAUAAACGACGGGAAAGCUACACUGGAAAAUGUACAAGUCCUCGAAUGGUUUCAGCAGGCUUAGUUCAUCGAAAUGAUACCAUCCCAGAUUAUGAUAUCCAUAAAACACAGCCCAAAAAAAUGUUUGCUCAUUCGUGA